UUGCCACGCAAGCUGCUCUAUUUCUUUGACUUCCUGCUGCAACGUUCAAUUGAAUUUGACUUCCUUGUAAAGGCUGACGAUGACUCCCUGGUGGACUUGGAAGGGCUACGGAAUAGUGUGCCCAAGCAGCAGCAGCAAAACAUUUGGUGGAGCAACUUCAGGGAGAAUUGGCCAGUGAUCCGCUAUGGCAAGUGGGGUGAGCACACAUACAGUGCACCCAUCUACCCUGCAUUUGCAUGUGGUGCAGCAUAUGUGCUGUCAAGAGACAUAGUCUACUGGCUGGCCAGGAACAAGGACUACUUGCAUUGCUAUCAGGGUGAAGACGUCUCCAUGGGCAUCUGGUUGGCUGCACUCUCACUACAGCGCAUUCAUGAGCCCCGCAACUGGUCGUGCAGCUACAGCUGUCCGGAUGGCGUUAGUCGGCCCUACAGUAGGGCUCAGCUGUCACCCACUGAACUCAAGACGGUGUGGGCCACUUUCAAGAAGCACAAGAAACUCUGCUGACACAUUUUCAUGAUGCCGUCUUUCACAGGCAGAGCAAAUGAUACGGUGCUUUCUGUGUGCCCAAUUUUUCAUUAAAAAUGUUGGUUGCUGAUCGCACGCUGCGU